AUGAAGAAGUUUGGAAAAGGCUCGGCAAGCAAGGACAAGAAGAAGGCCCCUAAGGAGGCUCCUGUCCCUCAGACUUGGGAGGAGUACAUGGAAGAGGGCGUUCUUCUGGAGGAGAAAGGUGAGCGUUAUGCCACUGGCGACAAGGCCCGGAGAUUCUACGAAAAAGCUGGAGACAUGUACAACAAGGCUUGUCAACUCAACCCCGAAGACUCUGAUUGCCUUUACAACUUCGGACGUGUUCUGUACAUCUUGGUCGACUUUUCUCACGACCCUUGCCAAAAGUUGGCCUUGCUCAACGCUUCGAUUGAGCGUUUCAGGAAUGCUUUGAUCUAUGAUUCCGAGAACCCUGACACUCUUUUCAACCUCGGCCAGGCUUUGCAGACACACGCCGACGUGAUUCAGGACCACGACGAGGACGACGAGGAUGAUGAGCACGACCACAGCCACGGAGACCAUGACCACGAUCACGGCAACCCCGAGGAGCGCGCAGCUGAGGAACUUCAGGAAGCCAUUUCCUUGUUCGAGACUUGCUACUCGAUCCAGCAGCACGAACUCUACACCGCCGUUCAGGAGUCUCGUGAGGCCAACGCAGAAGAGGAGAAGAAAUCCGGGGAGUUGGUUGAGCAGGAGUUGCAAGAGUUGUCGAGCUCGGCUGGCGUUUUGAUCGAUACCUUGAUUUCUGCUUCCCAGGCAUUGACCUCCUUAGCCUUCUUGGUCGACACCAGGGAGCUUUCGCAGGAGCACUACAAGGAUGCUGCUAAAAAGCUGGACAUUGCCCUUGGUAUUGCCAACGACAGGGCUCUUUGGCCCGCACCCGAGAAUGAAAGUGCCUCGAACGGCAAGGGCAAGGGACAACAGGAUGAUGAUGCCGAGCCCCUCGAAUCCGACGAGAUCUUGCCCGCAUCGAAGCCUGUUUCGACCUUCCGCGAGGCUGAAUCCCAGAGCGAUAUUGUGAGCCAGAAGGAAAAGAUUUGCGAGAUUCACCUCCAGUACUCGAACCUCUUGUCAUCCCAGACCGACCGCAACUUCCAGGACACCGGCAAGAUCUCGGAGGAACUCUACGAGCAGUCGCUGAAGCACUUGAACGUCGUCUUGCGCCACCACCCCCGCCAGGUCGAGGCCCUUUGCGACAAAGGUGAUCUUUUGGGUUCCUGGGCUCAGGGCUUGGCCACUUUUGAGCAGGGAUCGAUAUCGUUGGGUGGCAUCGAGCAUUGGGAUUCCAAGUCUGAGUUGAGCCUUGGAACGAGCGAUGUGGUCGCUGGAGCUGCUGAUGCCAACGACGGCAAGACCGAUCGUGCUUCAAGGAUCUGGCAGCUGUUUGCCUCGGCCACUCGCGCUUUCCUGACUGCUUUGGAAGUGGAGCCCCAGAACACAUCGAUUCUCGAGAAGUUGGGCGAUAUUCAUUGGUCUCGGUCGUUGUUGAGUUCCCCUGUGGCGCUGAAGAACCGGCCCAUGUUGUUGAACAAUGCCAGCGUGUACUAUCGUUUCGCCUGGGAGUCCUGCAAGGAUGGAGCAGCCGAGAACGUGGAUGAGGAGCAGCGGUUGGAGAUUCUGCUGAGCUGGGCUCAGGUUCUGCGGGCGAUUCCUGGCAAGGAGGAGGAGGUUCUUAGGGUGUUGAAGCAGUGGAAGCGUCUUGGAGGAUCGAAGGAGAUGCUUGCCGAGAUGCUUGAGGGCAAUUCGGGUGAUAUUCUCCAGGAGGACUUUGUCGAUUUUGCACUUAAGCAGUUCACCAAGGGACUCUAG